AUGCCGGAAUUAACAGAAUUUCAGAAAAAACGUUUAGAGAACAUCAAAAGGAAUAACGAUUUAUUGAAAAAACUCCAUUUGUCUGGAGUAGCAUCUCAAAUUAAGCACGAGGCUGGGGUGUUGGAAAAAUCUAGAGCUCCUGCAAAAAAGAAACAAAAAACAACUAAUACCAGAGCAACCAAGUCUGCGAGUCCCACUUUACCUACACGAAGAUCAAGAAGGCUAAGGGGUGAGUCUGCAGACGAUGUGAAAGGAAUACCCAAUGUGAACGAUAAUCAGUUGCUUAAAAUGGGUUCUCCAGAUGGCCAGGAUAAGAAUUUUAUAGACGCAAUAAAGGAGAAACCUGUAAUAGGAGAUGUGAAAUUAAGUGAUCUGAUCAAGGAUGAAGACGAAAGUGCCCUUUUAGAGAAAUUCAAGAGGUUUAAUAACGGAAACUUUUCUUCUGGUGAUUUCUUUGAAGAAAUAAAAAAGAGACAGGGUGACGUUACGGGGAUGGACGAAUUUGAUUUGGAUCUAUAUGACGUUUUUCAACCGAACGAAAUUAAGAUUACAUACGAAAGAAUCUCUGCCACUUACUUCCAUCCUGCUAUGGAAAAAAAGCUAAUAAUUGCAGGUGAUACAAGCGGUACUGUGGGUUUUUGGAACGUUAGAGAUGAACCACUAGCUGACAGCGAAGAGGACCGAAUGGAAGAACCCGAUAUCACCAGAGUGAAACUAUUUACCAAAAACGUCGGCCGUAUUGAUUGCUUCCCUGCGGACACAUCGAAGAUAUUGCUCACCUCUUACGACGGAAGCAUCAGGUCAGUUCACUUGAAUAACUUACAGAGUGAAGAGGUUCUCACCUUGAAAAAUGAAUAUGACGAUUCACUGGGUAUCAGCGAUUGCCAGUUUAGCUACGAAAACCCAAAUGUUUUAUUCCUCACCACAUUAGGUGGUGAAUUCACCACGUUUGACACAAGAGUAAAAAAAUCAGAGUAUAAUCUGCGAAGACUCGCAGACAAGAAGAUCGGGUCUAUGGCAAUAAAUCCCAUGAGACCCUACGAGAUUGCCACCGGAUCACUUGAUAGAACACUCAAAAUCUGGGAUACAAGAAACCUUGUUAAAAAGCCAGAGUGGUCACAAUAUGAAGACUAUCCCAGUCAUGAAAUUGUCUCCACAUAUGACUCAAGAUUGAGCGUCUCUGCAGUUUCUUACUCACCGACAGAUGGCACCUUAGUGUGCAAUGGCUAUGACGAUACCAUCCGCUUAUUCGAUGUCAAGAGUAGGGAUCACCUUUCUGCGAAGUUGGAGCCCAAACUAACGAUUCAGCACAAUUGCCAAACAGGAAGAUGGACAAGCAUCCUCAAGGCCAGGUUCAAGCCGAACAAGAAUGUUUUUGCAAUAGCUAACAUGAAGCGCGCCAUCGACAUAUACAACAGCGAAGGCCAGCAACUGGCUCACCUACCCACAGCUACUGUCCCAGCUGUAAUUAGUUGGCACCCGCUGCGAAACUGGAUUGCAGGUGGUAAUUCUAGCGGCAAAAUAUUCCUCUUUACUGAUGACUCCGGAACCAUAAAGCAGGAAGAAUGA